GGAGGGUUGCCUGUCUAUUUGCCUGUUGGAAUCAGUAACAUACCCAAACAAUACCUCUUCAAUAUGCCUUGAGCUUUUCUUUAUAGUUAUGAGGUACAGCACGUUUCAGUCAACUUAAAAGUUAAACAAUUGCAAGGUGAAACGUACGCCUUCAGUGUGAUUCAACUCUUAUGUUUUCGUUAUGGCAGCGGGAUGCCUCAGUUGUAGGCUACACCUUUACCCCCUCCCCUCUUCAGAGUAUUUUUGUUUCUUGCAUUGGUUAUCAUUUUUUUCACAGUGUUAAUUUAUAAGCGGAUACAUUUACUCCAAAGGUAUCAACGAAAGUUGUAUGAAGGUCGUGCGAAUUCCAUCUGCGAGGUUCGAGUGCACAAUUGUUAGCGACGCCUUGGCGGCGCAACAGUGGGAGCAUAUACAGGCUGAAGAUCAUAUGACCCAAGAUGGACCCCUGAGGGACCCCAUAUGAGAUGGGAGCAGAUGAUGAGGACAACUGACCAAUAGACCCAGAGAAAGUCCAAUGUGGGUCGUUAUAUUAAAUCAUGGCGGACUUCUGCCUGCGACCUCCGUGGCCUGUUCUAUAAUUGACUAGUUGCCGUUUGGCUCUCCUGUCUUCAGGACACAGUUUCUGCAUGACUUUUGGACUGAAAGUAAAGGAAAAGAAACCCAGUAUUUUUGGUUGCAUUGUGGUUUGACCAUAACCGCCACCAUUCCGUGCUGCAAAGGUGACCCCAGAAUGUCUUCAAAUGGAGACUUACAAGAUUCUGGGAGCUGUGAAAGCUUCUGGGAGCCUGGGAACUACAAGAGGACUGUGAAGCGCAUUGAUGAUGGCCACAAGCUAUGCAAUGAGCUAAUUAGCUGUUUCCAGGAGAGGGCCAAGAUUGAGAAGAGCUACUCACAACAACUAAGUGACUGGGCCAAGAAAUGGCGGGUAGUCGUAGAGAAAGGUCCUCAGUAUGGCACACUGGAAAAAGCAUGGCAUGCCUUUAUGAAUGCAGCUGACCAUCUGAGUGAGAUCCAUAUGGAGCUGCGAGAGCGUCUUGUGAUGGAGGACAGUGAAAAAGUACGCAACUGGCAGAAAGAGGCAUUCCACAAACAGAUGAUUGGUGGCCUACGAGAGACAAAAGAAGCUGAUGAAGGUUUUCGUAAAGCCCAGAAGCCCUGGGUUCGCAAACUUAAGGACGUGGAGUCUUCUAAGAAGAGCUAUCACCAAGCACGCAAGGAGGAGCGGACAGCCAUUACAAGGGAAACCCAUGCCAAAGCAGACACCACAAAGUCACAGGAAGAGGUCCGCAAAUUCACAGAUCGUGUGGAGAAGUGUACUCUGGAAACUGACAAGGCAAAGGAUCGCUAUGAGAAGGCGCUAGAAGAGUUGAACCGCUGCAAUCCACGCUAUAUGGAAGAUAUGGAACAAGUAUUUGAGAUCACUCAAGAUACAGAGAAAAAGAGGCUCUGCUUCUUCAAAGAAGUUAUGUUGGACAUCCACAAGCACCUGGAUCUCUCUAACUGUGACAGGUUCAAGGCCUUGUACUCUGAUCUGAGCCAGAGCAUCACUGCAGCCAAUGAUGCAGAGGACCUGCGCUGGUGGAGGAACACUCAUGGCCCAGGCAUGAGCAUGAAUUGGCCUCAGUUUGAGGAGUGGUCCCCUGAGGCGACACAUUCCAUUGGGAAGAGGGAUAGGAACAACAAGGGAAAUGAUGAGGUCACCCUAACCAACAUUGCAUCUGCUGGAGAUGAGACACCACAGGAAACCAGAGCUGUGAAGGACUAUUCCUCAGAGUGGUCCGAUGAGGAAAGCCCCAAGAAGUAUAUUGCAACAAAUGGAGUGGAAGAAGAGGAAGAUAAAGUGGUUGCCGUUCGUGUGAGAGCUCUGUAUGAUUACACAGGGCAGGAGGCUGAUGAACUGAGCUUUCAAGCAGGUGAAGAGUUGUUGAAACUUGGGGAAGAGGAUGAGCAGGGCUGGUGCAAAGGUCAGCUUGACAAUGGCGAAGUGGGUCUCUACCCUGCUAACUAUGUACAGAAAAUUGCAUCCUGACAACAAUAAAACCACUGUGCCUACUAAA